AGAGCUUGUUCAAAGGGCCUUAUUUAGGUUGCGCAGGCGCCCGCUAGCCAUUUCGCUCAGCCACGCAGAAGUCGUGUGAUCAGGGCUCACCCUCAUCCCCUCCGUGCAGUCUGCCUCGACGCCUGGAUCCACUAAGAGACGAUGAUGUUGGGUACCGAAGGCGGAGAGGGCUUCGUGGUGAAGGUCCGCGGCUUGCCCUGGUCUUGCUCGGCGGACGAAGUGCAGCGUUUUUUUUCUGACUGCAAAAUUCAAAAUGGGGCUCAAGGUAUACGUUUCAUCUACACCAGAGAAGGCAGACCGAGUGGCGAGGCUUUUGUUGAACUUGAAUCAGAAGAUGAAGUCAAAUUGGCCCUGAAAAAAGACAGAGAAACUAUGGGACACAGAUAUGUUGAAGUAUUCAAGUCAAACAACGUUGAAAUGGAUUGGGUGUUGAAGCAUACUGGUCCAAAUAGUCCUGACACGGCCAAUGAUGGCUUUGUACGGCUUAGAGGACUCCCCUUUGGAUGUAGCAAGGAAGAAAUUGUUCAGUUCUUCUCAGGGUUGGAAAUCGUGCCAAAUGGGAUAACAUUGCCGGUGGACUUCCAGGGGAGGAGUACGGGGGAGGCCUUCGUGCAGUUUGCUUCACAGGAAAUAGCUGAAAAGGCUCUAAAGAAACACAAGGAAAGAAUAGGGCACAGGUAUAUCGAAAUUUUUAAGAGCAGUCGCGCAGAAGUCAGAACUCACUAUGACCCACCACGAAAGCUUAUGGCCAUGCAGCGGCCAGGUCCCUAUGACAGACCUGGGGCCGGCAGAGGGUAUAACAGCAUUGGCAGGGGAGCUGGCUUUGAACGGAUGAGGCGUGGAGCUUACGGUGGAGGUUAUGGAGGCUAUGAUGAUUAUAAUGGCUAUAAUGAUGGCUAUGGUUUUGGGUCAGAUAGAUUUGGAAGAGACCUCAAUUACUGUUUUUCAGGAAUGUCUGACCACAGAUAUGGGGAUGGUGGCUCUACUUUCCAGAGCACAACUGGACACUGUGUACACAUGCGGGGAUUACCUUACAGAGCUACGGAGAAUGACAUUUAUAAUUUUUUUUCACCGCUCAACCCUGUGAGAGUACAUAUUGAAAUUGGUCCUGAUGGCAGAGUAACUGGUGAAGCAGAUGUUGAGUUUGCAACUCAUGAAGAUGCUGUGGCAGCUAUGUCGAAAGACAAAGCAAAUAUGCAACACAGAUAUGUAGAACUCUUCUUGAAUUCUACAGCAGGAGCAAGCGGUGGUGCUUACGAACACAGAUAUGUAGAACUCUUCUUGAAUUCUACAGCAGGAGCAAGCGGUGGUGCUUAUGGUAGCCAAAUGAUGGGAGGCAUGGGCUUGUCAAACCAGUCCAGUUAUGGUGGCCCAACAAGCCAGCAGCUGAGUGGUGGUUAUGGAGGUGGCUAUGGCGGCCAGAGCAGCAUGAGUGGAUAUGGCAGCCAAGGAGCAGUGAACAGCAGCUACUACAAUAGUGGAAGCCGUGCAUCUGUGGGAGUGAACGGAAUGGGAGGGAUGUCUAGCAUGUCUAGUAUGAGUGGUGGAUGGGGAAUGUAAUUGAUCCUUAUCACUGACUCUUGGUCAACAUUAUUUUAAAGAAAAAAAAACUAACAAUUUUUGCAAUACCAACUUGUGAUUUAUGCUUACUCUAAGUGGAAAUAAGGAUUGAAUUAAAGACUUAAAGGUUCAUUAUUUUUGAACACAAAUAUUCAUCUAGGAUGUAACAACUAAGUUGAGUAAACUAUAACUGUUAAACAAUUUUUAGCUUUUCUCAAGUUAGUUCUAUUGUAGGAUGUACUUAAGCAGUAAGUAUAUUUAGGUUAAAGAAGUUGAAUUAUGUUAAAUGUUGCUCUUACAUCACAUCACAUCGAACACUUCAUGGAAGCAUGUUGAAAAAACAUGCUUUUUUGUAAAAAUAUAGGAGCUGUGUCUACAAUUAAAAGUGAAACAUUUGGCAUGUUUGUUAAUUCUAGUUUCAUUUAAUAACUUCCAAGGCAUGUAAGUUGAAGCUUUUUUUAAGUUAAUGGGAAAAUUUUGAGACGCAAUACCAAUACUUUAGGAUUUUGGUCUUGGUGUUUGUAUGAAAUUCCGAGGCCUUGAUUUAAAUCUUUCAUUGUAUUGUGAUUUCCUUUUAGGUGUAUUGCGCUAAGUGAAACUUGUCAAAAUAAAUUUUCCUUUUAAAAACUGCA